AUGGUGAGUUUGGAAUAAGCUAAAAACUUGAUUAUAAUAAUUUAUCUCGAUUUUAGAACUUUAAUGAGAUCGACAGCUGUUUUGGAAAUGACAAACGCGAAAGUGCCUACGAUAAACUGAAGGCUGCUUAUGAAAAAGGAGAUCAUUCAAUUGAUGUCCUUUGGCGUCUCGCUCAAGUUUGCCAUGAAUUGUCGUCGGUUGCUCCGAAAGCCAAAAGAACUGCAUACGUUACUGAAGGAUUGAAAUAUGCUGAAGAGGGAAUGAAAGCUGAUCCAUCGAAUUUCAAAUGUGUCAAAUGGUCCGCUGUUUUGACCGGUCAAAAUGCCGAAGCUCAACAAACCAAGCAAAAAAUCGAAAUGGGCAAUAAAUUCAAAGCACUUUUGGAUAAAGCAAUCUCCAUGCAACCGGAUGAUUUUGUUUUGUUGCAUUUGCGUGGUCGCUAUAAAUUCACUGUUGCCAGUUUGACUUGGCUCGAGAAAAAGGUUACAACUUUGUUUAUCAGCAAAGUAUCUUUUUCCAAUGAAAAAUUUGCAGAUCGCUGCCACAUUCUACACAACUGUUCCAACUCAUACAUUCGAGGAAAGUAUCGAAGAUUUCCAAUCUUGUUAUAAAGUCGAACCAAAAUGGAUUGAGAAUCUUUUGUAUCUCGCAAAAGCUUAUAUUGGAGCGAAAGACAAGGAGAAUGCGAAAAAGUAUUUGAAAGUUGCGGUUUAUGAAAUUGAACCGCAAUCUGAUGUUGAAGUCGAUUUUAUUGCCGAGUGCAAAACUAUUUUGAGUAAGCUUUGA